AUGUCCUACGAUACAUAUAACCUGUCUGCUCCCACCGAGAGUGGCACGAAUGCGCCGCAUUGGAACCAUGUGCAAGUCCUUCACAUCCACGGGCUCGAACCGCCUUCCACGAACCUUUCCCCGGUCACUCUUCCCUACCUCCACAAGCUCACGUUGGGUUAUACCGACGUCGGUCACGCGGUGGAACUUCUUUCUAUCCUGAACGCGCCCGCACUGCAACAACUAAAUCUCGGCCACCUCCACAACAUAUCCAGCCCGCAUGGCGGCCCCAACCACCCCAACUCGACACGCUUAUUCGAAUAUCUCUCUCGAUCUCAGCCAAUCCAGGCCCAAGCCAUCCAGAUAUCCCUCCUCCGACGCAUCAGGUUGUUCAACGUCUACGUAGACACCUCCGUCCUCGGCGCCUUCUUCCGCCGAUGCUCCAGCCUGGACACCCUGGAGCUGGACGACUGUGCUGUGAACCUUCAGUUCGCGCUCGUACUGACACUCUUCCCUGGAGACGUUCUCUACCGAUCCCAAUCUGGUCGAUGUCGUCACGAGCUCCUGCCGGCGCUGCGUACGGUGAUCUGCCGCCGCAAUGACAAUGUCGCCAACGAUUUUCUAGAGCGUACGAUGCUUCACCAUAUCGACUCGCUACCUGAAGUUGUGCAGCAAGUGUUUUUCCCUGUAAACGAUGCACCGCGUUGGAGCACUUGGCGAUACGAGAUGCACCCUGACAACGAGGAUGUUAUCUCGCACAUUCUCCAGCGCCGCUGCUAA